GCGUUCUUAUCGUAAACACUCGAAGAUGAAUGAUUAUACAUACUAGGUUGAAGUAAAUUAUUUCCUUUAUCGAUUCAUUUGAUAUAGUAGCUAAAUUCAGAAGCAUAUAUCCCCGUAGAAGAAACACGUAGUACAUUCAACAGGUUCUAGGAUAUAGCUACAUACAUCUCAACAUGACAUUAGUCGUUCGAUUUACCAGUGAUGAGCCUAUUGCGUAUCUACUCCAAAUCCCAGGACAGGGAGGUCGUAAUGCCGAUCCCGAUAUGACAGUUGAUGAUGUGAUGGCCACUAAUGCUAAACUUAGCGUGCAAUUCAAAGACCCUCGCUUGGAAAAUAGCACCAGCCAUAAGGAAUCCACCUACAAGCACUACUCGGCAGUCAAGUCUAUGUCACUGGACUGCGUAUUAUUCGAUGAUAUUGCUGCGGCAGACCAGAUGAGUAAAUAUCAGCCGACUACAGCCACAAUCGACAAAGAUGAUAUCUUCCAUGAUCCUGAGGCGAAUAAUCGACUUCUUGAUGCACUUCUGGAGUUGACGAAGCAUCAGCCCGAGAGCGAUAAGCAAGAAAAUGUCGGCCAUGUCAAGCUUCAGCUCAAAGCCCUGCGAGACCCCUGGGUGUUCGAAGUGAGCUGCAGAUGCAGCGAGUGUAGGCGUAAGCAGUCGGACGAUGGUCCACCGUCGUGUGUUCAAUUGUUCGAUAUCGGACCCGACUACGUAGUGCUACAGGUAGUGAAGUCCGCGGAAGAGUCCCGAGGGGUAUGUUUGCAGUUUCGGUCACUACGCAAAAAAAGAGAGGGAGACGCUGGAGACCUGUCGUGGAGUAAGUGGGCGGAUAUAGCCCAGGGCAAACCCAUCACAUCGCGGAUUAUUAGGAAAAAAAACUUGGAACCCAAUACCCUCUACACUUUCAGGACCAAAGUGGACGGGCAGAGGAGCUAUGCUAUGCCUACGGAGGAGUGGCGUACGCUGGAGAUUUCAACAGCGCGCCCAACUCAGCCCCAACUAAGGGCGCCUGAGUCAUCCGCGCUGGUGGUGGAGUGGAAAGCAUAUUUAGUACCGAAUUGCACCGUGAAGUAUAAGCUACAGAUGCGAAGCGCUGACGACGCCGAAUGGAGUGACGUGGCAUCUAAUCUGACUUCUACCAGCGUUAGGAAACGCAAUCUGGACAAAGACAACACUUAUUCCUUCAGGGUUCGAGCGGUUAUCACAAAGAAUAAAAAGGCCGAAUCAGGAUCCGACACCGACACGUCUGCUCAGGACGAUGUAACGCUAUCGCCGUACAGUGUACCCAGCGAGUUCUUCGCGUUGCGCCCCCCAACGCAAUGGGAUUAUUUAUUCGGUAAAUCACUAGUAAACGCCCGCGGCGAGUCUGAGCCCACUCAGAGUCUCUCAGGGAAGUGUGUUGCCUUAUACUGCAGCGCCAGUUGGUGUGGGCCAUGUAGACAGUACACGCCCAAGUUGACGCAGAUGUACGAAGAUUUCAAGAAGAAAGGGUUACAGUUUGAGGUGGUGUUUGCAAGUGCGGAUAGGGAUGCGACGAGCAUGCAGGCAUACUUUGCGAAGAUGCCGUGGCUGGCCAUUCCAUAUGAGAACCAAGAGAUCAUAGAGAACAUCAUGCGCGUCUACGAAGUGAAGGGAGUGCCUCGUUUGAUAGUCUUCGAUGCGAAUGGACAGGUAGUGAUGGCCAAUGGCGUGCAGCAACCGCUUACGGAGAACAUGAUUGUACAAUGGGCUGCCGUGUAGUUGAGAAUAAUUAGUAGGAGAAUAAAGUAUGAUUCGCCAAUGAGUAGCAGAUUAUGUGAGCAAGGGAGCAAAGAGACGAGAUAAGUCUGGGAUGGGUAUAGCAGCUACAAAGCGAGUAGGCAAAACGAUGUGGUGGUGUGCUCUAUUACAGGCAGUGUGGUCAAUGGAUUGCAGCAACCGCUCACUGGGAAUGUGAUCGCACAAUGGGCUGGUGUGCAGUUGGCCAAUUAGCAGUAUAGAUAAUGCGUGAUGUCUAUGUACCGCAGAAUUGAUGAGAACGGUAGAGGUAGCAGGUAAAUGACAAGUCUGGGAUGGAUACAUCAACCUCAAAGCUGAUAUGUGUCUGAUAUACUCCUGUGCCGGUGAUAAUGGCCAAUGCCGUGCAGCAAUUGCGCACAGGGAACCUUAUCGCACAAUGGGCUGCCGUGUAGGUGGCGGAUGGGCAGCAGUAUUAAAGUAGGG